AGUCUCCGGACUGUGUAAUCUUUUCUCCAAGUCUCUCCUUAAUGGCUCUUUCAUACCUACCUUAAGCUCAACCCUAAAUUCUUUUACACUUUCUGUGGUUUUCCUGGACAUCUUCAGAACUGGAUCUCUGGACCAACCUGAUCAGUCAACGUCCAGAUCCCUUCCGAGAAAGGAUGUUGCAUUUAAUUGCUGGCGUCCUGCUUUCACUGGGUCAACAUCUGGUGCAGCUUUUCCAGGGAAGCCCUGUUUCAUAAGUGUGACUGUGAGGAAUCAGGGAGAGGAAGUUGGCCAAACUAUAAAAACUGGAGACUUUUCUUGACUCAAGAGAAACUUCUCUGGCCAGAGACAAGAUCUCUUCUCUAGCUGAGGUGGGAAGGAGCAAACAAGGCUGAUGAUGCUCCCCAGCUUGGGGGCAGCCCUGACCUGCCUGCUGGCCCUGAGGAGCUUCUCUGUAGCGCAGGAUCCGGUCCUAGACAAGGACUGGAGUGACUGGAAGACCACCCAUGCCAAAGAGUACCGCCAGGGGGAAGAGAGCUUCCGGAGAGCUGUCUGGGAGAAAAAUCUGCACCUGAUCCAGGAGCAUAACUGGGAGGCCGAUCUGGGGAAACACACUUACUGGCUGGGCAUGAACCACCUUGGCGAUUUGACUAAAGAAGAGUUUAAUGAGAAGCUGAACGGCUUCCGUCCUGAUCUGGCUGAAUCUCAUGGUAGCAAUGUGACCUCAUUCCAAGAAUCAGCCUCUUCUGAGAUCCCAAAGUAUGUGGACUGGCGCCCCAGUGGUUACGUUACACCAGUAAAAGACCAGGGCGACUGUGGCUCCUGCUGGGCCUUCAGUGCCACCGGGGCCCUGGAAGGUUUGCAUUUCAAGGAGACCAAGACCCUGGUGUCGCUGAGCGAACAAAACCUGGUUGAUUGUUCCUGGAAACAAGGGAAUGAGGGCUGCAAUGGGGGCUACAUGAACUGGGCGUUUAAUUACGUACGGGAUAACAAAGGCAUCAAUUUGGAGCACACCUACCCUUACGAAGCUGAGGAUGGACCAUGUAGGUUCAAUCCCCAGGACCGAGUGGUGACGUGCGCUGGAUUAGUAAAUAUCACAAAGCACAGCGAGAGAGCUCUGGAAGAAGCUGUGGCCAGAAUUGGUCCUGUUUCUGUCGCCGUGGAUGCUUCUGACUUCAUGUUUUACAAAUCUGGAAUCUUUUUUCGCAAAGGAUGCGGCAGAUUCUUGAACCACGGCAUGUUGGCGGUCGGCUACGGCUCCAUCAGGGAAAACAAGAAAAUGAAUAAGUACUGGAUCCUGAAGAACAGCUGGUCAGAAACAUGGGGUGAGAACGGGUACAUGCGGCUGGCAAGAAGGGCCCACAAUCACUGUGGGGUCGCGAGCAUGGCGAGUUAUCCUAUCCUGUAACCACCGGCCGGGGCCAGAAUCUCAACUCCCAGAAGCUUCCCCAUUUCACAGCAGCCCUCAACUCGGAUCCUCUUUAUCCUCAAUUUUAAAAAAAAAUAAACACAGAUCAUUCUAAGGUUCUCAACAGUCGUGAACGCACACACUUAUCAAAAGCGUGCACAUCGCC